AUGGUUAAUGAAAUUGAUGAAAUAAAGUAUGCUGAGGUCCCAAUUAAAACCCUUAGGGACCGUUUGAACCCGUCUAGAGUGAUGCGUGAACCUGGGGUUGUUUUACCGGCCACUACCUUUAAGUUUGAUAUUAAACCUGGGACAUUUGGCAUGCUACGUAAGUUUAGGGGGAUAGAAAAUGAGAAUCUGUAUACUCGUAUCCGGUACUUUGAGAUGAUUUGUGACACCAUGAGUUAUCCGAAUGUCACCAAAGACGAUGUUAGGUUGCGUUUUUUUACUUUUUCCCUAGAAGAGAGAGUCAGUGAGUGGUAUCAUAUCAUUACUUCUAAAACAAUCACUACCUGGGAUGGACUUGUAGAGGUUUUCGUUAAGAAAUUCUACCCACACCAUAAGACUGUUGCUGUUCGACAGUCUAUCCAAACCUUUAAGCAGAAAUUAGGUGAACAACUACACGAUUAUGUAGAAAGGUUUAAUGAAUUGUUAUACCAAUGCCCACAUCACGGCUUUGAUAAAGCCCACAUGGCCCAAAUAUUAUAUGAGGGCGUUGAUAGUGAAACCAGAAUGCAGGUAGAAACAAUUAGUGGUGGAGAAUUUGCCCACCAAGACCCAAAUGAAUGUUUUGACGAGUUCAUAGAGUUAGCUGAAAAGACUCAUCAAUGGGCUUCAAUGAGGGAGCCCGAAAUAACUAGGAACCCUAUCCAUAGGGUCAAUAGAUUUGAUAAUGGGUAUGAUAUCCUUAGACGUCUAGAGGCCUUAGAGAUGAACCAAGGGUCAAACCAUACUAUGAGCUAUAACAGUGAGCCCAGAACCUAUCCAUGUACCAUUUUUGGUGAUCAAACUCAUAUUGGACCUCAUUGUCCCCUGUUUUACCCUAGUGAAACUACCCGUGAUCAGGUUAGUGUCCUACAUGGUGGUAUGAACUCUAAAUAUGAGGGUCGACCCAAGUUUGACUCAUACUCUAAUACUUAUAACCUCGGUUGGAGACAUAACCCGAAUUUCUCGUGGUCUAAGGGUACCCAUCAGGGUGGCCCAUCUAGCAACCCACCACCAGGUUUUUCUAGGAACCAAGCUCAAGUCCAUGAACCGAGCCCAGUUGAAAAAAGGGUGUCAUCUUUAGAGGAAAGUAUAAGACUCUUAGUUGAGGGUAAUGCCCUAAACAAUUCCCAGACUACCCAAAAUAUCAACCAUUUAAGUCAGAAGCUCGAUGACUUUGUCCUGUCUAGUCAGCAUAACCAACUGGGCUAUUGCCAACUUAGAGACUCAAAUAAGUCAACUUUCGAACCGGUUAAAUGGUAG